AACUGUUAAAGCUCUCAACAAGACAUGCGCAUUUAUAUACCGAAUGGCGGAAAAUAAAUUUAGCCGAUUUUAAUGUGCAAAUGGCUUCGCUAAAUUCGGUGAAACGGGAGGCCUUCUUCCGUGGUGAGACUGCCAAUUUGAAGUUUGAUCCAUCUGCUAGAUAUGGGAGUGAUAGAGAGCGCGUGGCUGUGAAAGAAAAGGACUAUAAUUCGAGAGAAAUGGACAACUGUGAGAAAGAAAAACGGGAUGAACGAGAAAAGAAGCAUGGAGGAGAUACUCACAAAGAACUGGAAGGAUAUGUUGGCUUUGCUAAUUUACCAAAUCAAGUCUACAGAAAAUCGGUCAAACGUGGCUUUGAAUUUACACUAAUGGUGGUUGGUGAAUCAGGAUUAGGAAAAUCUACAUUAAUUAAUUCCUUAUUUUUAACCGAUUUAUACAGUUCUGAAUUUCCUGGACCAUCCCAUCGUAUUAAAAAAACCGUCAAAGUGGACACCACACAGGUCAUGCUGAAAGAAAAUGGUGUGCAGUUAAAAUUAACUACAACAGAUACACCUGGUUUCGGAGAUGCUGUUGACAAUAGUAAUUGCUGGCAACCCAUCAUAGAUUAUAUCGACAAUAAAUAUGAAGAUUAUUUGACAGCAGAAAGUCGCGUUAAUCGCACUGGCAUCCCAGACAAUCGAGUUCACUGCUGUUUAUAUUUUAUUGCUCCAACAGGCCACGGCUUAAAACCAUUAGAUGUGGAAUUCAUGAAGCGACUCCAUGACAAAGUUAAUAUUAUACCUUUAAUUGCCAAAGCUGAUACUCUCACACCAGAAGAAUGUCGAGACUUCAAAAAGUCAAUUUUAAGCGAGAUUGCUGAACACAAGAUCAAAAUUUAUGAAUUUCCGUAUUGUGAGGAUGAAGAGGAAAGUAAAAUACAGAAGAAAUUACGAGAUCGGGUACCAUUUGCUGUCGUUGGUAGUAACAGGGUGAUCGAUUCUGGUGGUAAAAAGGUCAGAGGUCGAAUGUAUCCUUGGGGUGUGGUUGAAGUUGAAAACCUUGAACAUAAUGAUUUUAUUGCACUCAGGAACAUGCUCAUUAGAACACAUAUGCAGGAUCUGAAAGACGUUACCAAUAACGUCCACUACGAAAAUUACCGAUAUGGUAAACUAGCGCCAGUUCAGUCUGACGGAAAAAUUAAACCAGGUUCCCUCACCAAAGAUCCUUUAACACAAAUGGCAGAAGAAAAACGAGACCAUGACUUAAAGAUGAAGAAAAUGGAAGCAGAAAUGGAACAAGUGUUUGAGAUGAAGGUCAAAGAAAAGAAAAAUAAGCUCAAAGAAUCAGAAGUUGAUCUUCAGAAACGUGCAGAACAGAUGAAGAAGGGUCUGGAACAGCAGCAGAAAGAAUUGGAUGAUCGAUGGCGCCAAUUUGAAAAAGAAAAGCAGGAAUGGGAAAGUGCCAAUGAUAGACAUAAAGACAUUUUAGAUAGUGCUAAAAAGGAGAAAAAGAGACUCUUUUAAGACUUUUAAAACAAAAUCUUAUUUUGUUGGACAUCCAGCUAUUCUUCAUAAAAUUAACCAAACCAUUACACUCAGUGCUUGUAUUUCAAACGGCAGUCAUUAACUUUUUUUCAAGUUUCAUCCCUAUACUAGUGGAAUAUAUUUGCAUCUAUAGACGAUCUGGAUUUAUUGAUUAAUAAUCAACAUGUUUUGCAAUGGGGGAUAACAAGGAAUGUUUUAUAUUAAGAAAUAUGUAGGGUUUAGGGAACAAGGAAUGUAUUUUUUGCAUGAAAAGUUUACACUAAGAUUCGGAACAAGAUGUUCGAGGAGUGUUGUGUAAUGUGUAUGUACUGUAGCAGUGUUUAUUUGAAUUUAAUUCAACAUUUUAUUCCAGUAUUUACAUAGAAAGAUUCAUUUCCAUAAAAUGACUUUGCUAAAAUUUCACGUUAUUUAAAUGAGUGUAGUCGUCCUAUCAUGUCAUACUACAUGUACCACUAGACCAAUACUGAAUUUACAUCUCCAGUCAGUUCCUGUUUAGUUUGCAAAACCGUUACACAUUUUGGCUUUUAUUUUUAUAACAAAAUUUAAAUAUAAUAUAUUGAUCAAGUUUAAAAUACAUGUAGGAUCAUUCUAAAUACACAUUUUGUUGACAAUGUUUUAAAGUUUAUACAGAAUUGAAUGUUAAAUCUUUAGUCAAAUUAUUUUAGUGUAUCUGAAUACAAUUAAUAAGAAUACUUUUUCAGAAAAAAAAACCCAUUUCCUCUGGUGUGUUUAUAUUUAUUUUUGAUGACAAUCAUUGUGGCCAGAUGGCAAUAUGCCACUGAAAACAUACUUGCCAUGGUAAAAUUUAAGACAAUAUUUGACAGGUCUCUACGAUUUUUUUUUGUAGAUAUUUACCAUUUUUUCAAGGCAGUCGACACAAUAAAGAUGAAGUUAACCAAAAUUUUAAAAAAUGACAUAAUGUGAAUUUAAUGGUUAAGAAAUCAUUAAUUUGUAGUGAAUGCUACAAAGGGGACCAAGCAUUUAAUUAAAAAAAAUAUUAUAAAACUGUUUAUUCAUUCCUUAUCUACUGUUGACAAGAGAUACAUGUAAUCAUGUAUGAAAUAUUAGUUAAGACAUCUUGGAUACUUGUAGUCUUCAAACUUUCAAACUAGGAUGGAUUAUUGAAUGUGGUCAGUUCAUUAUGGUUGGAAUGGUAGAACCUAAAUAUAGGUCAUCACUUCUUUUUGUUUUUACAUACAGGAAGGUAACAAUACUGUUUUCCAUUUUAACAUCCAUUAUUUCCUGUUGUUAUUCACUUAAAUUCAUUAGGUCAGGAUCAGAAUGUUUUAUAAGUGAUUCUAGUUCAACAGUUGUCUGACAAUCUUUUUCAUAUUCAUGAUUAAAUCAUAUUUACUUUAAAGUUUCUUGAUAUUUGUUGACCUGUGUGCUUAUGCAUAUCACGGUCUAAAUGUUUUACAACACACCAAACUUAUUAAAAGUCCCCUACACAUAGUUGUCUUCCAAUAUGUAGGAUCAAAUAACAUAUUUAUGUAUUUAAUAAUCAAACAUUUUGUAUUUUAGCCAUCAUACAUUUAUGCCUGUUUUGACUUCUUUAUUAGCAUGUAGGCUACAUGAAACGACUGUACUUGUAGGAUUUGUGCUAAAAAAAAACAAAAACAUGGUGUACAAGAAUUUUGUAUGUAUUGACAAAAUGUAUUCAUCCCUAAGAUACUAUAGGCUUAGGUUUUAAGCAGGUAUAAAGAUUUGCAUACAUGUAUCUACUUCAAUAUAUAUAUAAAAACCCUCCAACAAUAUGCAAUUUUGUGACUCACAAUCAUUUUUCUUAUCUAAAUAGUAUAUGCAUUCAUGCAAAGAAUCCUUUGUAUAUAGCAAAUACCAUGUUCUACUCUGUUGAUUGUCUAUAGUAAAUUAAAUGAAAUUUUUGUAGACUUACAUUGUAUGAAUUGAAUUUGUCAAUUGUUGUAGUCACUAACAAAAUACAUUGUUAGAGUUCUGCUACUUUGUAUCUUACGUUUAGUCUCUUCAUUUGAACUGAAAACUAUUGAUUUUUUGAGAGUUUAUUUGAUGUUUGAUGAGUUGUUCUCUAAACCCUUUAAUCCCAAAGAAACAUUGUCACAUUGGUAAAAACUUGUCCUUUAUUGAGAGAAUUUGGUCAAUUAACUAUACUUAAAAUCUGCUUGAUUGCAUUGUAUCUUGUACCUCUGGUAAGUCUAAGCCAAUGAGGGUGACAUGGUCUCUUAGAAAAUCAGAAUAAGAUUAUUUCAGGACAUUUUCUUGGUCAUUGUAGUUAGAAAAAAGUAUUUAAAUAUUUUUUUUUUUUUUUGAAGUUAGACUGAUUCUGUAUUCUGGUAUUUUCUGUAGAAAGGAAGAACUUGAAUGAGUAUUAAUUUGUUGUUUAUUGUGCUUUUAUGGGAUAGAUGAUUCAAAACCUUACUGUAAAUAUUUUUGAUUACAAAUGAAUAGUAUUGUUGAAGUAGUUAAAAUAAGAGAAGGUAGUAUUUGUAAGUUAAUGUAGGUUGCUAGUAGAUAUUGUACAUGUGUAAUUGUUGAUAGUAGGUAUACGAUCUUGUAUUUCAACAGCCUCUAGAAUGACCUACCCUAUAUUCUUUAAUGAAAAUUUAGAGAUAAACGAUCAUGGGUUAAAAGAAAACCUGGUCAUUGCUCAGGCUUAGUCAUCAUUUAAGAUUCUAAAAAGUUUUAGAAUAUAGCAGUUGUACCUUUAUUCUAAUAUAAAUUUUACAACAAAGAGCAAACUUGUUUGGGUAUACAGUACCAGCUUUGUUUUUCUAAUUAAUCUUGAAUUGAAAUCCUCGUAUACUCAAAAAUAUUUAAAUUUCGUGGCUUUGUAAAAACAUCUUUGUUGGAGAAUAACAAAACCGUUUAUGUUGUAAACUUGUAAAAAUAGAUGCUGCUGUUUCUUUUUUUAUUUGUCCUACAUGAAGCAUUUCUGCUACAUGUAUGAUUGCUGUGAGAUUUUUUUUAUAUUGCAUUUCUUGUAAUUUUUACUGAAUUUCUCCCUCUUACCCACCUUGCGUUUCAUCUCCCCUUCCCCAUAUAACCAAAUGUUAGCCCCCUCCCCUCCCCCCUUUAUCCCAGAUAUAUGCCCUGUUUAUGUAACAAUUUGUACACAAAUGUAAAUAGGUAUUUUAAAAUGUUAUUUAGUGUAUUUAAGUGCUGUUUGUAAACCUACUAAAUGUUUAGUAUUAUUUUUUCUAGUCUGGUGUAGUAGUAGUGUAUUAUCAUUUAGUGGUUAUUAUUUAAAUGUAACAGCAUGUUUUUCUUUAUGUAUGUUAAUCUAUAUACUAACUUAAGCACUUCAAUAUUUGUGAAGUAAACAUAAAAACAUAAAUUUUUUAUAAGAAAACUAUCAAAUAAUUAAAAAUGUAUGUUAUGUAACAUGUUUAUGUAUUACAUGAAAGCAGCUAAUUAUUUUAUAUCAUGCGUACUGGUACACACAUUCUUUCUUGAAUUGCUUUUCAAUUUAUUUGUUACUCUGAUUAAUAAGUCAUCAAAACUGUGCAUUUAAUAAAUAAAUCAAUCUUCUUAAACACUUAUUUAAUGAUAUUGGUAUGAUUGAUGAAUUGGUAUAAGUUAUUUAAAGAUAUAAUUUUGUGGGAUCUCUAUAGAUACCCUUUCCCAUCAAUGUCUUGACUAUAAAUUCAAGGACAGUCUACAAUAUGUAUUGGGGUUUAGCAUUCACACUAUUAAAAUUGUGUAUUAUAUUAUGUGUAGUGGGUUAAUGGGAAUACACUUGAAGUAUGCAUAUUUAAUUAUAUUGAUCUUGUUAAUUAAUACUUUGAUACAUUUUGUAUAUUCACUGUGAGUUACUGGAGAAUAAACUUUCAAGUAUACAGUGGGGGGUAUAAGUAACACUUUGAAACAUUGUAUAUUAUAAGGUGUGGGAUAUGGAUUAUAUUAUAUGCGUAUUUAGUGUGUGUUAUUGAACCAUCCAUAUUGCACAGUAGAACAGUCAUGGAUCAUAAUACUUUCUUACCAUAGCCAAUUUUAAUAGAAAAAGAUUUGUUAGCUAUGUGAAAUACUCCAAUGAGAAGUACCGACAGUAUCAUGUGUUCAUAAAAUACUUAAUAAGAGUAAGCAUACCCUGUGCUUAAUUUAGUCUGUGAUAUAACCCUAAGUGGAAGUGGAUGUUAUACCCCAGUAGUAGUUGUACCUGUAUGUCAAGGCAUUGUGUUUGUGAUGUUGAAAUAUGUAAACAAAUGUUAAUUUAAUAAUAUCUAUGUAACAGCUUGAUAAAGGAGCCUCUAAUGGACAUAGAUAGAUGUCGGUCUUAAUCUUAACUUAGUAUUUAGAUGUCAUUUAGCUUGUAAUGUGACAAAAUAUAUCAAACUUAUAUCCUAGUUAAUCAGACUUCAACAUCUUUCAAUGUUCAGAACAAGUAUGUAAGGGUUAUAGACAUUGAUAAGUAAAACUAUUUGGCUUGGGUGUGGUCGCAAAGAAUAUGAUAGGAAAAUGAUUAAGUACAUUUAUAUAUACUAGGAGUGUAAAGUGUAAUAAGAAAAUGAUUUUGUAUAUCAUUAUGGAUAUCUAAUGCCAAAUCAAAUUAAAUGUUUACUAAAUGAAACUAAAUGAGCAAUGUAACAAACUACUUUAAUCAAAUACAUGUAUUUAUUCUUUGAUUAUAAAUUUUACUAAUGGCAUGACACACAGUUUUGUUAAAUCUUUAUUGUUCCAUUUUAUCCUCGUUCCAUAUAUUCUACAUACCCGGUAUCUGAUUAAUCAUACUCUUUGUUUAAUUUUCCCCUCACCUUAAAUUAUUUUCCUGUAUUAUAGUCACAUUUAACAUUUUAUCAUAAUUGUAAACUUUUUUGUAAUGUAUUGAAGUCUUUAUAUUCUUAAACUGAAUGUAGUUUUUGUAAUUCAGAGCCCAUAUCUCGAAAUCUAUUCUAUUAUGUUGUGCAGUAAAUUUCAUCGAGAAAUGGGCUUCAACGGUAAAGACUAUGUUGUGUACAUCAACUGCUUACCAUCAAUAAAAAAUAUACUGCAUGCAAA